CGGCCUCUCUCCCCAUAGAAGAGCGUGCCCAGCCGCGUGUUGCUCCCUGUCUGUCUCUCUGCUUCCCUCUCCUCUGCUGUUCCCGUCCCCGGGAAGGAGAGAGAAGAGGAGUUACGCUCUCCUCAGAUUCCCCAACUUCUCUGCUCUGCCCUGCCCUGCCUGCUUCCUCCCUUACUUGGCUGAUUCGAUUCGGUACGGUCCGGGCGCCGAGCUGAUUGGGGGAAGCCUGGUUGGGUAGCUAACAGGCGAGGUUGGUGGCGGCUUCGACGGCGGCAGCGAUGCGGAUCCCGCGGCGGAAGGGCGGCGCGGCGGGGGUGGCGCUGGGCAUGCCGAGCCGGCGGGCGCAGAUCGCAGCGGUGUUCGCGCUCGCCGUGCUGCUCGGUGUCUCCGUCCUCUACGACAGCGCCCACAUCGCCGCCUCGCUGCGCCGCCACAGCGGCUACACCAGGCUCUCCGCCACCAGGGAGGAGGCGGCGGCGGGGGCACCGCCGGCGCGAGGGGUGGAAUCAGCGGAGGAGAGCACAGAUCGGAGCGACCCGCCCCCGCAGCAGGGGCAGGGGCAAGGGAAGGAGGAGGAGGCGUCUAGCACCAGGGCAAGAGCCGAUACGUCGACGCCGGAGACGGGAGUCGUGAAGGAGGUGGCGGCGGAAGGGGCCCACGGCAACGCGAGUUGCGACGUGUACAAGGGGAGGUGGGUGUACGACGACAAGAACGCGCCGCUGUACAAGGAGUCCGACUGCGAGUUCCUCACGGAGCAGGUCACCUGCAUGCGCAACGGCCGCCGCGACGACGAGUACCAGAAGUGGCGGUGGCAGCCGGACGAGUGCGAUCUCCCAAAAUUUGAGGCCAAGUUGCUUCUCGAGAAGCUACGGAACAAAAGAAUGAUGUUUGUGGGCGAUUCACUGAACCGGAACCAGUGGGAGUCCAUGGUGUGCCUGGUCCAGUCUGAGGUUCCAUGGGACAAGAAAAAGCUUGUCAAGAAUGGUUCUCUAAACGUAUUUCGCCUGGAGGAGUACAAUGCAACAAUUGAGUUCUAUUGGGCUCCUUUCCUAGUUGAGUCAAACUCAGAUGAUCCAGACAUCCAUAGCAUCACCGACCGCAUGAUCAUGCCAACUUCGAUCACCAAGCAUGCAGCAAAUUGGAUAGGAGUGGACUACUUGAUCUUCAACACUUACAUUUGGUGGAUGAACACCCCAAAGAUGAAAAUUGUGCAUGACGGAUCCUUUGCAAGUAAACCGGUCAAGUAUGAUGAAAUGGAUCGUGUGGUUGCAUACCGACAGAUCCUGAAGACGUGGUCUGGAUGGGUAGAAGAGCAUGUAGAUCCCAGAAGAACAAUGGUCUUAUUCAUGAGUGUGUCACCCGUCCAUAUGCAGAGUGAAGGCUGGGGCAGCCCUAACAACAUAAAAUGCUUCUCCGAGACACAACCGGCAAUCAAUUACACGAAAGAAUUGGAGCUGGGCACUGAUUGGGAUCUGUUCUCGGCAUCUCAUGGGUUCACAAAGGCGAUGAAGAAGGUGCCUGUGCACUUCAUCAACAUAACUGCAUUGUCAGAGAUCCGCAAGGAUGCACACACAUCUGUGCACACACUGCGACAGGGGAAGCUCCUGACGAAGGAGCAACAGGCCAAUCCACGCAAGUUUGCAGAUUGCAUCCACUGGUGCCUCCCUGGCUUGCCAGACACGUGGAAUGAGUUCAUUUAUGGGCACAUUGUGUCGAGCCCUCUACAGCAGCAGAUUGAGGAUCAGUCUCAAAGAUGACAGCGCAAAUAUGAAAUAUCUGCUUGCAAUCUGCUAGCUCAUGUUAGGGAGGUAAGAUGUUUAUUGAGGCCUAAUACUUUUUUCUAGAUCUAGAAAUCUAUGCUGUUGGUUUGCCUAGGAUUUGUUGGAAGGCACGCUGGCAGGAUAGCAAACUGUAGCUAUAUAAGCAACCAAGAUGGCCUGAGAGUUAUUAUACCGUCCGAAUGUGGCUAUUUAAGAGGAAUGCUUCGAAGCUUCUCACCUGAAAUGGAAUCGUAUUUCAGUUGAUACUGUACAUAAUUUUAUGAUACUCUUUCACGACUCAUGGGAAUAUACUUUUGGGACGUGCUUU